AUGGCAGAAGACGAUCAACGCCUUGCCUCGAUUCAAAACGAGUAUCUAAACUUCCUUGACGAUGAAGAAGACCAGGGCACCUAUAUGGCUCAUGUGCGUAAAAUGAUCAACGAUAAAAGCAAGCGCUUGGUAGUAAACAUCAAUGAUAUUCGUCGAAAGAAUCCUGCUCGUGCGCUAGCUCUACUGAACAGCGCAUUCGAUGAACAGCUGGCAUUUGCGCGUGCGCUGAAGGAUUACGUCUCGUCGAUCGAUCUUAGCUACGCCAAAACCCAGGAUGAUUUUCAUGUAGCUUUUGAAGGAAGUUUUGGUAACAAACAUGUAACGCCGCGCUCGCUAACUUCCCGUUUCCUGGGCAAUCUCGUAUGCGUUGAGGGCAUUGUGACGAAGGUGUCGCUGAUUCGUCCGAAAGUGGUCAAGAGUGUACACUACUGUCCGGCCACGAAGAAGGUCAUGGAACGCCGAUACACGGAUCUUACAUCGUUUGAAGCCGUACCGACCAGCGCAGUGUACCCAACGAAGGACGAUGAUGGCAACCUACUAGAGACGGAGUUUGGUCUGUCCGUGUACAAAGACCACCAGACACUGAGCAUUCAGGAAAUGCCAGAGAAAGCCCCUGCCGGUCAGCUUCCACGCUCGGUAGAUGUGGUGUGCGACGAUGAUCUGGUCGAUCGCUGCAAGCCGGGUGAUCGGGUGCAGAUAGUGGGCAAUUAUCGGUGUCUCCCGGGAAAGCAGGGCGGCUACACAACCGGCACUUUCAGAACGGUGCUGAUCGCGAACAACAUUUCGCAGCUAAACAAGGAAAGCACGCUAAGCGUUACGCGCGAGGAGAUCAACAUGUGCAAGAAGCUGGCCAAGAACAACGACAUUUUCGAUCUGCUGGCCAAGAGCUUGGCCCCGUCCAUACAUGGACACGAGUACGUGAAAAAGGCGAUCCUGUGCCUGCUGCUGGGAGGUAUCGAGAAGAAUCUGGCCAAUGGAACGAGACUUCGUGGCGAUGUAAACGUUCUGCUAAUUGGCGAUCCUAGUGUGGCCAAGUCGCAGCUCUUGCGCUACGUUCUAAACACGGCUCCGCGUGCAAUUACAACGACAGGUCGUGGGUCGAGUGGAGUCGGUUUAACGGCGGCCGUUACGACCGAUCAGGAAACGGGUGAACGUCGGCUCGAGGCGGGUGCUAUGGUUCUGGCCGAUCGUGGCGUGGUUUGUAUCGACGAAUUCGAUAAGAUGAGCGAUAUCGAUCGGACGGCCAUUCACGAGGUGAUGGAGCAGGGCCGUGUAACCAUUUCUAAAGCUGGUAUACAUGCGUCGCUAAAUGCCCGAUGUUCGGUUCUCGCUGCCGCUAACCCUGUCUACGGACGAUACGAUCAGUACAAGACGCCGAUGGAAAACAUUGGUCUGCAAGAUUCGCUGCUCUCUCGAUUUGAUCUACUGUUUGUUAUGUUGGACGUCAUCGACAGUGAUCACGAUCGCAUGAUAUCCGAUCACGUCGUGCGUAUGCAUCGCUAUCGCAAUCCUAAAGAACAGGACGGCGAUGUGCUUCCGAUGGGCGUCAGUGCCGUCGAUAUGCUGUCUACCAUCGCCCCAGAAUCGCUGGAAGACAAGGAAACUCCGAUGUACGAAAAGUACGACCCACUGCUUCACGGUGCGUCUCGCAAGCGAUCGGACCAGAUCUUGUCGAUGGAGUUCAUGCGUAAGUACAUCCACAUUGCCAAAUGCCUGAAACCGAAGCUGACCGAAACUGCAUGUGAGAUGAUUUCGAACGAGUACUCACGUCUGCGGUCGCAAGACUUGAUGGAUUCGGACGUUGCCCGCACCCAGCCAGUGACGGCGCGUACUCUUGAAACGCUGAUUCGUCUCUCGACGGCCCACGCUAAAGCGCGCAUGUCGCGCUCAGUGGCCGAACAAGAUGCGCAAGCGGCGAUCGAGUUGAUACAGUUUGCUUACUUUAAAAAGGUGUUGGAAAAGGAGAAGAAAAAGCGUCGCCGUGUGGAUGAUGCAGAGUCUCCGGAUGAGAUGGAAGAGGACGACGAAGAAGUUCAGGAGGAACAACCAAGUUCACAAGGCACCCGCCGUUCGAAGCGAACUCGCAUAGAACAUCCGGCAGACGGUGGUGAUAGCGAUCAUGAAGAGCUGUUAAUGUCGCCGCCAGAUCGAGGCGAUCUAACUCGUCGCACUACGAUUGCCGCCAGCGAGGGCCCGGCGACAGACGCGAUGGAUACUGAGGAGUCGGCCGAGGGCAAUUGCGUUGUGGUAGCAAUCAGCGAUGCGCGUUAUAAAUUGUUCCGCCAAGGUGUGUUCAUGGCGUUCAAACACUUUCACGAUCAGUCUGCAUCACUUGCUAGGUUGACAAAGCACAUCAACGAAAACAGUGGAGAUGAAGCGUUUACUCCCGGGGAAAUAACAGCAGCGAUGAAUCAGAUGACCGAAAGUAACAGCAUUAUGGUGCAUGAUGAUAUGGUGUUCCUAAUUUAAUGGUGGACGUUUCAUGAACCUGUCCUACUUUUAUCCAUUUCACUAAAUUUUAUACUACUAUU